CGUCCAUACAACAGAGGUAAGCCAACAGCACACAAAUGACGCAGACAGAUUGCGCGGGUGCAGCCGGUGCUUGCCAUACCGAUGUGGAUGAGCAGCGAGAUGGGAGUGAAGAUCAACAGGAUGCUGGUGUUGAUGAAUCAAGUAUUGUUGUGCAGCAGAAUGUGUCCGUGGAAGGGCGACCCGGUGGGGGUUGUUUUCUUCAGGAUGUCACGACCAAAGCUGCGGGUGCAGCAUCCUCUUGGACAUCAAAGCACCAUAUCUCGGACACGGUUCGGUACGUAGAGCCUACUGACCCAUCGGCCACAGUCCACAUUUCGAGCAGGAAUACUAAUGUGGUCCACACACAUCUAGAAUUAUAGAUACAGUACAGUUUGUCUCCAACUUGUGGUCACAUAAUCAUACAUCCCACAAUCGAGUGAUAAAAAUUAUCCACCAAUAUUCCCCCCACAUCUUCAUACCUCAUAUUUAC